AUGGAUUUCUCGCAGCUUCUCUCCCUCGUGGCCCUCGCCCUCGUUGCCAGCCAGGUAGCCGAGGCUGCUCCUCCGCCGAAGGUUACCUGUGCUGACGGUAACGUAACCGCCAACGCUGUCUGCUGUCAGCUGUUCUCUGCGGUAGCCAUCCUCCAGGAGAACUUGUUCGAUGGCGCACAGUGUGGUGAAGAGGCACACUCUGCUCUUCGUCUUAGUUUCCACGACGCAAUCGGGUUCUCAAUCCACGGUAUGCAAGGUCUCUCGGGUGGAGGAGCUGACGGUUCCAUCUUGGUGUUCAAUGCCACUGAACUGAAAUUCCACGCUAAUAUCGGGAUUGACGACAUUACCUCCGAGCAGUUCCCGGUGUUCCAGACUACAAAUUUAUCCGCUGGUGACUUCGUCCACUUGGCUGCGGCUGUGGGCACGGCCAACUGCCCAGGUGCUCCCCAGCUCGACUUUUUCUUUGGACGCGCCCCGCCCGUUGCCCCUGCCCCCGACCUGACUGUUCCAGAGCCUACUGACUCCGUCGAUGCUAUCAUUGAGAGAUUUGCGGAUGCCGGCUUCAGCGUUGACGAGAUCGUCGCUCUACUGUCGUCUCACACCGUUGCUGCAGCAGACGAAAUCGACACGACCAUUCCUGGAACUCCCUUCGACACGACCCCCUUUACCUUCGACACUCAGUUCUUCGUCGAGACGUUGUUGAAAGGAUCGUUAUUCCCCGGUAACGGCUCUCAGGCCGGCGAGGUUUUGUCACCCAUUCAUGGAGAGAUGCGUCUCCAGUCCGAUUUCGAGCUCUCGCGCGACCCUCGAACUGCUUGCUUGUGGCAAGCCAUGAUCAACGACCAGACCCGCAUGCAGACUCAAUUCAAGGCUGCGAUGCAUAAACUCGAGCUCCUCGGACAACCCGACACCCUCGUUGACUGUUCCGAUGUUAUUCCUGUCCCCGCCCCCUUCAAGGGACAGGCUGUUUUCCCCGCCACGUUCAGUCGACGUGACAUCCAGCAAGCUUGCCUUCUCGAGCCGUUCCCCACUCUCCAGACUCUUCCCGGUCCCGAGACCUCCGUCCCUCCUGUCCCCGGCUCUUGA